GGCAAGAGCUGGUUAUGAUUGAUCAUAGCCUUGGGCAUAUGCGUUGGCCGCUUGAUGAUCCUCGCAUCAUUGCCCUUGUGUCACAAGCCGGUUUUCUAAUUUGCUCACAAUUGCGAUGGAUGAAACUCGACUGGGCACUGCUUAAUGCGUUAAUGGAUAGAUGGAGGCCCGAGACUAACACUUUUCAUCUACGUGUUGGGGAGGCAACUAUUACUCUUCAGGAUGUAGCAGUGAUCCUAGGACUCCGCAUUGAUGGUCCUUGUGUCACGGGGACAGAUAGGCAUGUUUGGCGGGAUGUAUGUGAUAAUUUGUUAGGACUAUCACCGGAGUCCUUGCCUGGAGGGUAUAUUAGAUUGAAAUGGCUAAAAGAGAAUUUUGCUAACCCAUUGCCACACGAUGCAUCAGAAGUCAUGAUCCAACAACAUGCUAGAGCAUAUAUUUUGCACAUGAUCGGGACGCUUCUUUUUCCCGAUUCAAGUAAACAUAAAGUGCAUUUGAGGUGGUUACCACUUCUCGAAGACUUUGACGUGUGUGGGACAUUAUCCUGGGGUAGUGCUGUUUUAGCAUAUCUAUAUCGAGAAAUGUCAAAGGUUGCUUUAAUGCAAAAUAAAGAGCUCAAAGGCUGUUUGACAUUGUUACAAGUUUGGGCAUGGGAGAGACAGGUUUUGAAACCGCGAUUAUGCGAGAUCCGAGAGUUGGAUGGACAGAUUCCACUAGGCUGCAGAUGGAAUGUCACUAAAGCCUAUAAUGAGGUCCCGGCUAGACAGUUAGACUUUUACAGGGGGGAGCUCGACCGAAUGAAAAUUUUUCAGGUAUGAAUUUGAAUUGCAAUCGUUUAAAGCUAUCGAUAUAUUUCAAACAACAGUUAAUAUAUGGAU